AUGACCUACGAUAAACAAAACAAUGGCCAUCUCGCCAAACCGUUCACCCCGACUUUGAGCGCUGCCUUUCACCGAAAUCCCAAGGCUCCUUUGACACCGAAGCUUGCAAGUCCUAGUCCAGGUGCAGGGCUCACACCACGCCGCCUCGCCCCCGAUAACCCUUAUUCCACCCCCUCCAAAGACGACUCCCCCGCCGUUCAUCCGGCCUUCCUGAGUGCCAAUGUCACUCCGCGAUCUGGCCCACGAACCACCCGUAGAGAUGGCGCAUUCUCUUCUCCGACAAACGCACCCCCUGUACCCUCUCCCCAAACUCCAUAUUCCAAGUCAACGGUCGGUUAUGGUCGCCGAGACCGUAGCCCGGCUCGCGGGGUCAAACCGGACCAGGCAAGGAGUUUGAGGGCAAAGACUCUCACGACAGACACACAACCCAUCACACGCCCAAACUCAUUCUCCGAGAUAACGUCUGGGGCUCCACUGUUCUUCCAUGCAUCCGAUGCACGCUCAUCCCAUCCCGCCGAAGUGCCUACUGCCCCUCGUCCACGGCCUCAGGGGCAACACACAUCUCCCGCAUCGAGCUUCGUGUAUGCGAAUGGAGAUCAAGAACGAAAGUCUUUGAGUGACCAAUCCAGUGCGAUAUCUACUGCCUCAAAGCGUCGAUCAGGGGGUAUUGGCUCUUCUCGCCCCAUUCCCGCGGGCAAUUCAAUAUCUUCGCCAUCCCCGCGCCUAGGCUCUCCCAGGCUUUCAGACGCGGCCUCACCCCCGCCGGACGAUCCGAGGGCUUCAUUCCUGGGUGGACUCGACAAUGGUCUGGGUAUUAUUCCACACCUUGGAACGCCGUCAAGCAUGAUCUCCGACAGACCUCAACCACAGAUUCAGCAUCAGAAAUCCUCGAGUGUUGACUCCAAUGCGCACUUUAAUCAAUUGCAGGAGAGCCUGCGGGCAAGUCCACUCAUUGUUUCCGGAAACCCCUCUCCUGGUGGCCAAGCGCCUGUGUUGUCGGAACACAUACCCGCCCUUCGCCCUCGCAUUUUCAGCAAUGGCUCAUCUGUCUCAACAGACACAUAUCCUCCCGCACCUCUCAGUCCCGGCAAAUCUGAUGGACCUAGUGACGCAGCUCUCAAUGCGCGAACUGAACGUAAGAUCAUGGAUCUGGAAAUCAGCAACUCAUCAUUACUUGCCAUCAACCGGACACUGGAGCGGGAAAUGCGGCAGCAGAAGGCUGAACUACGUCGAUUCAGACGAUUAAGUCGCUCCGGGCGCAUUUCAAUGGCACCGUCUGCUCGCUCAUUCUCCGGGGUGGCUCUUUCGGCCACUAGUGAGAUGGACGAGGGCGAAAGCGAAUAUUCUAUUCAGUCGCCCGAUGACACAUCCGAAAUAAGUGACGAGGACUCAAUCGUUGAUGAUGGCGUUCUCAGCCCGGGCUCGCUGGCAGAGCAUGAUGCUAAACACCGUGUUCAUGAUGAAAAACGUGUGAUGCUUGACUUGGCAAAGCAUCAAGAAGUUCUCGUGGACAGCCAGAAGAUGAAUCAAAGUCUCAAGCGCUGUUUAAAUUGGACCGAAGAACUCAUCAAAGAAGGCCAGCGGGCACUUGAAUACAAUGUUCAUGUUCAAGAUGUUGAGUUGGGCGGCCGCGUCCUCGCGCCGGAAGAGCUCGGCGAACUUGGUGAAGUUGGUCGUGGGCUGCUCAGUCCUUCUUCUGAGUAUAAGGAAAUGUUCUCGCCUGCGGAUUCCUCUGCCGAAGUAUCCUUUGUCCUUUCACCAUCUCUUGAUCAACCAUUUACUUCGCCAUCUAUUGCCGCUGAUCCGAUUACAUGA